AAAUGCAACCAAAGACACAAAUUAUCUUUGUUUUUGUUCUUUUGACGUAUUCUUUUAUAGAUUCACGAAAUAGGCGAUACGGAAACGUGUUAAAGUGUAAUUAGAUACAAAGAAUAUUGUAAAUAUGCCGGACGUGUCGAGAAUAAAAGAUCUUCCGUUGAAGGCUAUAUUUUGCAUUCACUUCAUAUUCACAAUUUUCAGCACCAUUGGAAGCUGGGCCCCAACCGCCUAUCUGUUCUACAACUUCCUCCUAUUAAUUCUCAUAUUGUGGAGUCUGCAGAACAAAGAAUCUGAGGAUCCUGUGCAACUGGCAUUUAGUAUAAAUGUAAUCUCCAUUAUACUAGAUGUGUUCGUGCUGGCUCUCUGGUUUCCUGAUUCUCAUAAUGGUGCAGCAAGAUUCUCAGCGGCCAUGGGAAUAUUGCUUUUGAUUGUGAGGCCAUUCACAACAGUCUACAUAAUGCAUAUGUUGAGAGAACGACUGGGCAAUCCAGGUUUGAUUGGCAACAUGUUUCCAGGUCACAAUGAAAGCUACGAAGACAUUGACAGAAGUGCAGCUGGAAAUACUAGAAGUGAAUACGAUUUUAACAAUGCUCAGCAGCUUUAAUUGGCUGAACGGGAUACCUUCUUACAUGAUAUUAAAUAAUUAAUUAAUUUUAUUUAAAAAACACAACCAGAUUUAAAGUGCAAUAAUAAUUAUCAGUUUAGUGAUAUCAUCACUAUUGUUUAAUGUGCAAUAACCAAAAAUGAGAAUAAUAAAGUUUUAAUUUUAUUGCUGAAA